GUGAACCUGUAGGUUUGGAGAUCGAAGGUUUUUGCUCGAAGUUUGUGGCCAGCUAGUCCGACCGAACCGAACUUUUUGGCAGUAAGAUGUUUUCCGUUUUGGUCACAGGAGCCAGCCGAGGUAUCGGACUCGAGUAUGUCCGUCAGCUUCUGGCUUUAUCUAGUCCACCACAACACGUGUUUGCGUGUUGUCGCUCGCCAGUAAAUGCUGAGGAUUUGCAAGGCAUUGCCAUGGAAAAUCCUUCAGUGAAAGUUUUACAGAUUGACGUCACUAAAGAAGACGACUUUCCAGCAGCGGUGAGAGAGGUGGAUGGCGUGGUGGGCGAGAGAGGGCUGACUGUCCUCAUCAACAAUGCUGCUAUCUUCUCGGGCCACACUUGCGAGACCACACUUGCAUUUCUGCCCGCCUUGAAAAGGGCAGCAGCGCUGACAUCGAGCGACGACACGACAAUGAGCAUGCAAACGGCCGCCGUGGUCAACAUGUCUUCGGUAAUGGGGAGCCUCGCCAGCACCAAGAACGGAAAGUCUGCAUCCUACAGGAUGACCAAGGUAGCAGUCAACAUGCUGACCGUCUGCAUGGCCCACGAUUUUGCUUCGUACGGUAUCCUAGCCGUGGCCAUGCAUCCUGGGUUGGUCAAUACAGACAUGGGCAAAAGACACGCCGGGAAACUCAGUCCAAAGGAAAGCGUCUGUGGCAUCUUAGACACACUGCUGAAGCUUCGAGGAAGACAGGCAUCGGGGAAGGCGUACCAAUGGAACGGCCAAAUACUGGCUUGGUGAUGCCCCUGCCUGGACGAGCAUUGCUGCACACCGUGAUGUGCUGUCAAGUUUUGAUAAUAAUGGUCCGUACAAGAAGUGAGGAUUUCAGUUCUUAUUUAGAGGUAAAAAAGGGUGAAAACGGUAACUUUUUAAAUAUUUUCAGGAAAAAUAUCUUCAGGUAAAGAUACCCGUUGAACUAUGAAAAAUGAAUUGAUUGUUCGUGCUUGGACUGACAAUAUGCUGCGUAUAAGCGGAAAUCAUUUUGCUUAUAUGAGGUGUUUUUUUUUUCAUUUUGCUUAUAUGAGGUGUAAUGAAAAAAUAAUAAGAUGAAGAUGGUGGCUCUAUGAUCUUCAGGAAAGAGAGUUAAAGAAUACCAUUAGAACCGCGAGAUUUCUUUUGUGCACGCGCUUGGACUGGCAACUAAAAGACUUUGCGCUGUGAAAAAAUCCUCUAUAAAAAAGGAAUUGGCGGGAUUUUAUUCUGGGGAACUAAACAAAAAAUACAUGAACAAGUGAAAAUGGUACCAAGUGUUUCACUUGCAAGGGGAGCUGUCGAUAUCAGUACUUUGUAAAUUACACAACUUCUUUAUUAGGCAUUCCUAAUCUAGAGAAAAUGUAUGGCUUAGCACAAAUUUGUUUGGACAUUAAUUCUUUACAAUCAUACAUGAUGUUGAGCUCAGAUGUUCAAGGGCGGAAAUCGCUCCUUGAACGUGGCGGGACAGGUUUUUUUUCUCUCCCCGAAAUUAUAUUACUCACAAAAAGUCACAGGCUGAACGGACAACUUUCCACUCGUAAUGUUGCCAUGGGGUAUGGCAGCCAUAGCGAUAGACUUGAAAUCAAGUCUGUAAUGAGUGGUUUUAAUCGCGUCCGCCGCAAGGGCGGAUCCAGAACACAAUUUUUU